AUGCCGAAUUAUGUCAAGUUCUUAAAGGGUAUUUUGACAAAGAAAAGGCGAUUGGGGGAAUUUGAGACUGUAGCUCUCACAGAAGGAUGUAGCGCGAUGUUGAAAAGCAAGAUCCCUCCUAAGUUAAAAGAUCCUGGCAGUUUCACGAUUCCGUGUUCUAUUGGAGGUAGAGAUGUUGGAAGAGCAUUAUGCGAUUUGGGCGCUAGCAUUAACCUUAUGCCUAUGUCAAUCUUUAAAAAGUUGGACUAUGAAGCGGAUAGAGAAGUGCCUAUAAUAUUGGGUCGGCCCUUUCUUGCUACAGGGCAUACUCUCAUUGAUGUACAGAACGGAGAACUUACUAUGCGGGUGAAUGACCAACAAGUCACUUUUAGUGUAUUCAAAGCCAUGAAGUUUCCGGAUGAAGUUGAAGAAUGCUCUAGAGUUGAUGUUAUUGACACUUUAGUGGCUGAAAGAAUCAGUAGAAGUGUGGAAAAAGCUGCUAUGGGUACCCAGAUUUUUGUAAAUGAGGAGGAUUAUAGUAGUGAGGAAGAGCAGAUUAUUACAUGGGUGGAUUCUUAUCAACCAGUAAAGAAAUUCAAUAAAGUCUUUGAAGCUCUAAAUCUGCCAGAAUAG